UCACAAGAAAUAACCUCGUUACGUUAACGGACUAUUAAUUGAAGAAUAUUUUAUUUCAUCCACAUUGAUAUUAUUAUAACAACGGAGUUUUUAAUAUACAUACCAUAUAAUGUUUUCGAAUGGCCUACCUUGCAAUUUGUCAUUCCCCAGUUGCCUUGGCGUACCAAAAGACAGCGGGAGCGACGAAUUACUACCAGCAAACAUGAGUAAUCGUGAACCAGUUAUUUUAAAUGUCUAUGACAUGUAUUGGAUAAAUGAAUAUACAACAUCGAUAGGAUUAGGAGUUUUUCAUUCCGGCGUAGAAAUUUUCGGCACAGAGUUCGCUUAUGGUGGACAUCCUUUUCCCUUUACAGGUGUUUUCGAAAUAACACCGCGAGAUCACGAUGAAUUGGGUGAGCAGUUUCAAUUUAGACAAAGUAUACAAAUUGGCUGCACUGAUUUCACGUAUGAAGAAAUUCGACGCAUUGUCGAUGAAUUGGGUAAUCAAUUUCGUGGCGAUCGUUAUCACUUAAUGAACAACAACUGCAAUCAUUUUUCAAGCUCUCUUACUCAGAUUCUUUGUGGCCAAGAAAUCCCCAGCUGGGUAAAUCGCCUAGCUCAUUUUAGCUCCUGUGUGCCAUUUCUUCAAAGAUGCUUGCCAAAAGAAUGGCUAACACCAAAUGCCUUACAACAGAGCAUAACUGCAAUUCACGAACGUGACGAAUCCGACGCCAGUCCUCUUUGAGAACCACGGAAAUAGGAGAGAAAAUAGUGACAAUUUACACCUUAAAAAUCUAACAAUCUAUUAUUAUGUAAUUAACAAUAAUGAAUAACUUCAAAUCAGUUGUAGGUUUAUGUAUAUUAAAUUAAAAUUUGUUCUUGUAAGAUAUAUAUAUAUACAUAUUUGAUUUCUUAUAAUUAAAUAUAAAUUAAUAUUAAACUAUA